ACCAACUAGUGCGUUACGGUUUGCACACUUCUUUCGGCGCAGAGCCGCCAGGGAGCAAACAACAGGUAGUUUGCAUACUACCAGCUGGCGGCAGUCUGCGCUGCAUUGGCACUUUCCAGCCAGGGCGGUCCCUACCGGCCCUCUAGGCUCUAGGCCCCUGCUGCAGCCAAUUCCCGCUCUUUCAGGACGGCUUAAAUGGCUUCCCGCAUCGCACAGCUGCUCGGGUUCCUCCGAACGGGAAGCAAGUCGAACGCCACGGCUGCUGUUGCUCGGGGAACUUUCUCCUCCGUGUAUCCCCAGGCGCCUUCUGGAGCUAAUAUCUCCAAAUUGGCAGCAGCCCACUUCCUGGGAUCGAGCUUUUCGAGAUCCCUGCACACGAAUGCAACCCCAAUUCCGACUUUUGAUACAGCCCAUGUUGGCGCUUUCGUCCGACAGCUCCUGCAGCGCGCAAGCGGACCAAUCACAGCCCGCCAUGUCAGCAGCUCCGCUCAGCAGUCCUCUGCUCGCUCUUUUGGCACGCUCGUGCGAUCAGCUGUCUCAGAUGGCAAGCUCUCCCUUGCCCGGCGACCAGAUGUUCUGAGGAAAGCGGACAAGGGAGCGUUUUCAUGCCAGGCGGGGGGCAAGAGAUCUCAGUACACGGACGGGAGGGGCGUCACGCAUUUUCGAGCCAGGGGGUUUCAGGGCGCAUACCAGGAUCCCAACAGGCGGCGCAGACUUUUGAUCAUCGUUGGUGUGGCAGGGGGCGGCCUCUACAUCUACUACGUGACCCACUUAGAGGAAGUGCCGUAUACCCACCGGAAGCACUUCAUCGCCAUCAGCCCUGCAACUGAGCGUGCGCUCGGGGAGCAACAGUUCCAACAGAUCAAGCUCCAGUUUGCCGACGACAUCCUGCCGAAUAACCACCCCGAAACCCGCCGCGUACGCAAGAUCGCAUCGCGCAUCAUCGACGCGGCGACUGCGGGCGUAGACGAGCCUCCCCAGAACAAGCGCGACGCGGACGGAGAACUGGUACUCGACACGGCCGUGGUGGUAGACAAGGAGGAUCAGCCAAAGAGGCGCGAACUGAAGCCGGGGAAGAGGCCGGUUCCGAUACCCGGGGAAGAUCACAUGCAUGGGGGGGCAGAAACGGCAGGAAAACGAGACCCCCGCGACGAAGAGCUGCAAGGAGUGGACCGGGAGAUGCUGGAGGAAGGAGUGCACGGGGCGCCGGAUAAAGGAGGGGGGGGUGGCUACACGGACCACCUGAAGGGCCUGCGGUGGGAGGUGCUAGUGGUUGACAAGGACAUCCUGAACGCCUUUUGUCUUCCGGGGGGGAAGAUCGUCGUCUUCACUGGGCUGAUCAAGCACUUCCCGACCUCGGAUGAGAUCGCCACCGUACUGGGGCACGAGGUGGCUCACGGGAGCGCGCGGCAUGUGGGAGAGAAGUUGUCGUCGGGUUUCAUCGUGUCCGUUCUGGAACUCGCCGCGUACUUCGCGGGUCUGCCCAUCGAACUCAUAGUCCCCGCCUCGCAAUCGCUGAUAAGCCUACCCAACUCGAGAAAGCUUGAAUCGGAGGCGGAUAAGAUAGGGCUGAUCCUGAUGGCGGCUGCGGGCUACGAUCCUCGCAUCGCGCCUUCCUUCUACGCGAAAAUGGCGCAACUGGAGGGACUCCCCGAGUACUUCCAGUACCUGUCGACGCACCCUGCGGGCCAGCAACGGGCGCGCGCGCUCGCGCAAUCGAAGGUGAUGGAGGAAGCGGUCCGGAUCUACGAGAGGACGCUCGAGAAGCAACAGCAGCACAAGUUCUUUCUCGGUUUCUAGGGACGGCGAUGUCGAAAUAUGAAACGAACGGACUAAAAGUAAGAGAGUGAGGCAGACUCGGAGCAGUGCGGAGCAGUGCGCGGUGCACAGUGCAGGACUAUAGCGGUAGUGGGCACUGAUUUGCAUGAGCAAGGUGCGGAUACUUGAUCAUGCAGAACGUAUGGAGUGUGUGCGUUUGUGGAGGAUCAUGUAAAUAGUAGGGACGCCGCGGGUCUACUUUUGCUUGGAGACAAGGAAGUGGAUCGGCGUGGUAUAGUUUUAGUACCAUGGUCCCGAAUCUUGGCGCAUAGAGGCAGUCCAAGCAGUCAAAGAUGGUGCAUUUUGGGUCUCGAUUAUCUCAUCUCCGCAGCAAGGGUGGAGCUUACUUCAAGUCCUUGUUCACGGUCAGAGGCCGAACGAGAGGCCGUCAAUGAAAGUGAAGCCCUGGUGAAGCUCUUUGGCUACUUUUAACAUUCAUUGUCCGCAACGCCUUGGGGGAAUUCAGGGUGUUAUUGUCCGAGCUUCAAUUUAUUGAAGCCGAAUCGUGAGUAUCCAUAACCGGCGCGUG